UAUAUGUCAACAUCACUUUUUUAUGCCUAUAGAAAUAUAAUUUAAAAUUGAAACCUUAGAAUGCCAGCCGUUGGUAUAGAUUUGGGCACAACAUAUUCCUGUGUUGGUGUGUGGCAACAUGGAAAUGUGGAUAUUAUAGCGAAUGAUCAGGGUAACCGAACGACACCAUCUUACGUUGCGUUUACAGACACUGAGCGCCUUAUAGGCGAAGCUGCCAAGAACCAGGUUGCCCUAAACCCUAGUAAUACGAUAUUUGACGCCAAACGCUUAAUAGGAAGAAAGUUUGAUGACCCUAAGAUCCAGCAAGACCUCAAACACUGGCCUUUUAAAGUUAUCAAUGAUGGCGGUAAGCCCAAGAUUCAGAUCAAUCACAAGGGGCAGACCAAAAGCUUUUCCCCUGAAGAAAUAAGUAGUAUGGUUCUGAUCAAAAUGAAAGAGACAGCCGAAGCAUAUUUAGGAACUUCUAUAAAACAAGCUGUUAUAACGGUGCCUGCAUAUUUUAACGAUUCUCAACGACGGGCAACGAAAGAUGCCGGCGCUAUCGCAGGUAUAAACGUUCUUCGUGUAAUUAAUGAGCCUACUGCUGCUGCUUUAGCAUACGGGUUAGACAAGAAUUUGAAGGGAGAAAGGAAUGUGUUGAUUUUUGAUUUAGGGGGAGGUACCUUCGAUGUAUCCAUUCUCACCAUUGACGAGGGCUCGUUAUUCGAAGUUAAAGCGACUGCUGGAGAUACACACCUUGGUGGAGAAGAUUUCGACACUCGCCUUGUAAACUUUCUCGCUAACGAAUUUAAAAGAAAGCACAAGAAAGAUCUGUAUUCUAAUCCUAAAGCUUUGCGCCGUCUUAGAACCGCGGCUGAAAGAGCUAAAAGAACUCUCUCUUCUAGUACUGAAGCUAAUAUAGAAAUUGAUGCGUUGUAUGAAGGUAUUGAUUUCUUCUCAAGAAUAUCUAGGGCACGAUUUGAAGAGCUGAAUGGAGAUCUCUUCCGUAUAACUUUAGAACCAGUAGAGAAGGCUCUAAAAGACGCUAAACUUGACAAGAACUCUAUAAAUGACAUCGUUUUAGUUGGUGGUUCUACACGCAUACCUAAAAUACAAAGUUUACUGCAAAACUUUUUUAACGGCAAGAAGCUCAAUUUAUCCAUUAAUCCAGACGAAGCGGUUGCCUACGGGGCAGCAGUACAAGCUGCUAUAUUGAGUGGAGAACGCCAUUCCAAAAUACAAGAUCUUUUAUUAGUCGAUGUCACUCCCUUGUCACUAGGGAUAGAAACCGCUGGAAAGGUAAUGACAAACAUAGUAGAGCGCAAUGCAAAGAUUCCUUGUAAACACUCUCAAACUUUUACAACAUACUCCGACAACCAACCAGCGGUCACUAUUCAAGUCUACGAAGGGGAAAGGGCCAUGACCAAGGACAAUAAUUUACUAGGAACUUUCGAUUUAACUGGCAUUCCACCGGCACCACGUGGUAUUCCUCAGAUCGACGUAACAUUUGAUUUGGACGCCAAUGGCAUACUUAAUGUUUCAGCUAAAGAAAAUAGUACUGGUAAAAGUAAGAACAUUGUUAUUAAGAAUGAUAAAGGACGCCUCUCUCAAGCUGAUAUAGACAAGAUGAUUGCUGAUGCAGAUAAGUACAAAGGUGAGGAUGAGAAACAGAGAAGUCGUGUGGCAGCUCGUAAUAAACUGGAAACGUAUAUUUUUAGUGUAAAACAAGCGAUCAAUGAAGGUUGUGGUAAAGUUGGAGAUUCUGAGAGUGCUAAAGUUCUGAUGCUUUGCGAUGAAACAUUGAAUUGGCUUGAUAGAAAUUCAUUGGCAGAGAAAGUCGAAUAUGAGGAUAAAUUCAAGGAGGUGUCAACCGUUUUCAUCCCUAUUAUGAAAAAGCUACAAGGUCUGAAAGCUGGUAAAAGCAACUGCGGUGGCAAAGGUGGUCCAGUUAUCGAGGAAGUUGAAUAAAAUUGUGAAGUCUUUAAUAUUUUGUCAUGUGAU